GUGAUGAGGGUGCUAGAUGGCAGCACAUAGUGUAUGAGAAGAGCAAACAUUUCUGCAAAACGUGCAGAAAGCAGGGUCACAGCGAGGAAGAAUGCCGCAGAAAGAAAUCGCAAGAAAAUAUGGAAAGCAGAGAUUUACUUCCUAAAGAAUUCAAGAGCCAGCCAAAUAUGGAGAAUAAUGGGAAUAAAGGAACUCAAUCGCAAUUAAAGAUUUCAAACGGACCACAGCAGCAAAGAGGAAUUUGGAAACCACAAUACAUGCAGAAGAAAGUUGUAGGGAAGCAAGGAAAUUCGGUUGACCCUAGAGGCCUUGGUGGUCCAGCGGAGGUAAUUCUGGUAGCGAAUAAGGAAGGUUUGGAUAUUAUAGAAAAGGAAAUUCGAGACACAAGAAAUGAAACUUUGGGUAAUGUAUUAGAGGAUAUUCGGGAGACUAGUAAGGAAACUACAAAGAUUGCAAUUAUGGUGAUUACCAAUGGUCAGCCUGAAGCUUCAGCUAUGGAGAAAACCAAUGACCAGUCUGAUGGACCGUGUCUAUUGAAUAAUCAAAUAUCCUUGGCUUCGGAUUCCACAUUCUUUGUAGAUCAUGAUUAUAUUCGUGUUGGUAAUAGCGGUACAUCUUUGGAUGAUGACAGAGGUCUGUAUUGUGCUAAUGAACCACAUGAUAAAGGCUUCCACUCUGAUGUUGAGGUUACUACUAAUCUUGCAUGUGUUGAAAUUGACUCAAUUAACUUGCAAGUGGAGGAUUAUAAACCAUUCAGGCAUUGUUACUAG